UGCCGGCGUCAUGGCGUCCGUGGAAGCAAUCGCAGGGGCGCAGAUUGAUUGCUCGUUGACGGGCGAGGCGAGACUGUCAGAGGAUGUGGGUGACAUACCGAAGGAUUUCGAGCCCGGUGCGUCCAAAGAUCCCAUCAUAUUGUCGGUGGACUGUUCAUGCGAGUUCCAAGGGGACGGCGGAAUGUCCAAGAGCACCAUCGACGAGAUUGAAAGGUCCGCCUCCGAUGUGCUUCAGGGCUGUCCUCUGUCAUCGGACACUCCCAUCAGAGUGGUGGACGUGAGCGAAGCUUCGACUGCUGCCGACCUGCGCACUCCCGAGUUGGGUGCCCUAGCAGAGGACUGGGACAACCAUGCCUGGCAGCAGCAAGAGAAGCAUGUGUUUGUUCUCAGCGAUGCAGGGAAGCCCAUCUACUGUCGACAUGGCAGCGAGGAGCAGCUUGCCGCACUCGCAGGCGUCAUGCAGGCUCUUGUUUCAUGCAUCGGCCUUUCUGGGGAUCAGGUGCGGUACGUGCGGGCAGGACGCCUGCGGCUGGCAUUCCUGUUGCGGCUGCCGCUAAUCCUGGUGGCGGCCACCAGCCUGCCUCUCUCUCUCCAGCAGUUGCAGGGGCAGCUUGUCUAUGUGCAUGCCCAGAUCCUGUCGGUGGUGACGGCCAGCCAGCUGGAGCGGGUAUUCAGUCAGCGGUGCAAUUUCGACCUGCGGCGGCUGCUGGCCGGAUCCGAGCGCUUUCUCGACUCCCUGUGCGACCUGAUGGACCGUGACCCGAGCUUUCUGCUCGGUGCAGUCCGCUGUCUACCCCUGGCACCUGCCCUUCGUGACCAGAUCACUCAGGCCAUGCUCAAGCACUGUGCAAAGCACAAGAAGCUGGUGUUUGGCCUGCUGGUGGCAGAACAGCAGCUGGUGGCUCUGGUCGGCAUGCGCAAGUACCAGCUGCACCAUGUUGACCUGCACCUGCUGCUCAACCUGGUGCAUGCCUCCGAGUCAUUCAAGACUGCAGAGGCCUGGACGCCUGUCUGUCUGCCCAAGUUUGACCCCAGUGGGUUCCUGCAUGCCCACGUGUCGUACCUGGCAGAGGGCAGCCCUGCGUGUCUGCUGCUUCUCACUGUGGACCGUGACCUCUUCUUUCCUCUACAGGAGUGCCGACGCAAGAUUGCUGAGAGCCUUCAGCGCAAAGGCUCCCUUGAGGCCCUGCGAGAAGCGACCAUCAGUGGGGGCUACAGUGUGCGUGAGGCAGGCGUGCCUGAGCUCUACCACUUCCUCUACAAGAGCAAGAGUGGGGCACAGUUGAGCAGCCCAAGGCUGGAGCCUCCCUACUCCAAGGAGCCCAGGCAGCUACUGGCUCUGUACCGGCUGCUGCACCACCGCAUGUACCAGCCGGCCUGUCCUCUCAAAAUACUCUUCUGCUCCACUGGCAGGGAGACCCUCAUGGGAUGGCACAUGGCCGGAUUCGAGCUGUAUGCAGCCUUUGAGCCGUUAGUGAGCAAAGAUUUAGCUGUGCGGGCUAUGAGCAAGCUGCUGCACUGGAUCAAACAGGAAGAGGAGAGGCUGUUUAUCAUGAGCUAUGCCACCCUGUGAAGGUUGCGCGGUGGACACUGGUGCCAUUUGAAGAUCUCGGGGCAGCUGCAACUGUUCAACGUUCAUGGCCGGUCUCCAGCUCGGCAUGGCUUCGUAAAAACAUCUCAGUCAGCAUUCAUCAUCUAGUCUCUGCACACAUUAUUUGUGAUCAUUUCUGUGCAUCGACAUGUGCAGACAUGGAAGCUGACUUCUUUGGGCAGUCAGGCUCACCUGUUCCCAUGUACUGGUGAGGUUGGUGUAGGCCAUGCUGGAUGGAGUAGUAUCUGCGCUAAAUGUUGCGUCAUCCUUGCAUGUGAUUCCAUUUGAGAGAAGGCAGUUGCAGAAGUGCAUUGAGCGACUACCACAAAAAGACACAACUAAACUAGAAAAGAAACUUGGGCUAGUUGGUGAUUCAUCAUUGUGAAGGAAAAACAGCGCUAAAAAUGGACGAGUACUGAGGAAGAAAACACGACACAGGCGCUGAACUCGCAACUGAAAUUUAUUGGAAGACACGCGCAUACAUAUAUACAACAGCUGACUUGGUCACAUGACACUCCAUAUCAUCUGCGCAGCAGAGCAAAUCAGAUCUACACAACUAACAACUCAUGACGAAUCUAUACAUUUGUAAGAACAUCCGAUAAAAAGAACAACCCAUCAAUACAAAAACCUGCAUAUCAGUCCGCAAAAAUUAAACGCUAUCAACGCGGCAGCAUUGAAUCCAGGUAUCUAACUUCUUUUUCACCAAGGGCAACCGACAGUUUACUAACGCACCCUUCCCCUUCUCUUUCAAUGUAAAAUGCUUCCAUCACCUCCCUAGUGCACUCGUCCCGAUGGCCAAACAAAUACGUGGUUUCCUGCGCCAUGGGCUGGCAGCCAGACUCUCUACAAUGAGCCGUCAAAUGUAAACCUCCGGAAGCCAUUAACGAUGAUAGGUGUUCCUUUAGUCUAACAUUAACGCUCCGCCCGGAUUGUCCUAUAUACACCCUCCCGCAUGAUAAUGGCACCCGAUAAAGAACACAAGAUUUACACUUAACAUAUCUAUUCUUCUUCUUGUCCGGACAGAAAGUACACGUUUUGCGCAACUCUAAAGUUCUUCCACGCAAGCGGGGGCAAGUCGAGGACAUCUUGUUGGGAGCAGACAUUACAACAUGCACCCCAUACCUACUUGCCGCAUUCUUCAAUCCAUGGGAAAACUUAUGCACGUAGGGGACCACAGCCGGUCCCUUUUCAUUGUGCACGUUUUCUUUUUUCCUACGUGUGUGAUUCUCUCCUUUGACCCACUUGAUUAGAUUUUUACAGCCUCUUAAGAUUUCCGCAUCAGGGUAGCCCGCCGACGUAAGCCUUUCAGCUUUGCUCAUGAAAAUUCUUUUAACGCACGCGUGCUUGUUUUCUGGAGCGCAGCUUGCAACGCAGCAUAAAUAAUGCCGGACUUAACUAUCUUGGAAUGGCCUGAGGUAAGUUCCCAUGGAUUGAAGAAUGCGGCAAGUAGGCAUGGGGUGCUUGUUGUAAUGUCUGCUCCUAACAAGAUGUUCUUGAUUUGCCCCCGCUUGCAUGGAAGAACUUCAGAGUUGUGCAAAACAUGUACUUUCUAAAAUGCUUUGUUGGGCGCCUUGGUUCAUUCUGUAAUAGAUUGAGCUCCAACAGACAGGACACAAGAAGACUAGACGACUACACAAGCGCUCAUGUAGUCGUCUAGUCUUCUUGUGUCCUGUCCGUUUGCACUCAAUCUAUUACAGCAUGUACUUUCUGUCCGGACAAGAAGAAGAAUAGAUAUGUUCAGUGUAAAUCUUGUGUUGUUUAUCGGGUGCCAUUAUCAUGCGGGAGGGUGUAUAUAGGACAAUCCGGGUGGUGCGUUAACGUUAGACUAAAGGAACAUCUAUCAUCGUUAAUGGCGUCCAGAGGUUUACAUUUGCCGGCUCAUUGUAGAGAGUGUGGCUCAGGCACGUAGCCAGGAUUUUUUU